UCAGUAGUUGUUAUUUGUAGUCUAUAAUGAGAAAUGACCAUGCGGUUUCUUCUCGUAUUAUAUAUAUAAUGCCAUAGUAAAGACAGAAUCGACAACAUCUACACUACACCCGAGUACGACGUGCCUCAUUUAGCGCUUAAAGUAAGAUGAAGAUCGUUGGUGUUUUUUGUUUUUUGGUUCUAUUGGCCCUGACGGAAGCUCAAACUAAAGCAAGUAAUACUAAAGCAGAUACACCUAAAGGAGAUACACCUAAAGGAGAUACACCUAAAGGAGAUACACCUAAAGGAGAUACACCUAAAGGAGAUACACCUAAAGGAGAUACACCUAAAGCAGAUACACCUAAACAACCAGAAAAAAAUGCUCAAAUAGAAAAAGAAAGAAUUGUGGAAGACAUCAAACAAUUGGCAGAAUUAGUUGCUGGAGAAUAUCAACUAGAUCAAGAACCACCACUUCCAGAGAUUGCUGAUACAAUGAUUUUCAGGCCGUAUAAAUUUAAAAGGAUAGCUAUACAUAGAGAAGACAGACAAGGCUUUAUAUUAGAAGAGCUCCUAAAGGGUGUCCACAUUCGUAGAGUAUAUCUGAGACUAAUAACACAGAAGGAAAAGAAGAGCUUUAAAGUAGAAUACUAUGACUUUAAUCCCAAAUGGCACAAUAGAAAAGACGACCCAUUCAGCGUAGAUACUUUAAUUAAUCAUCUUGAGCUCAGAUAUAUGAGUCUGAGAUCAUGCGUAUACCAGGAAAUUGAGAAAAAUGAUACUAUGUUUGUGGGAAAAUCGUACUACUGUACUGAAGGUCCAUAUAAUAUGACUCUCACCUGCAAUGCAAUGACGUUUCAAAUAACCAAGGACGUUACUCUAAACUAUAUAAUGAAAAAAAGAGAUACAUUGCCUCUAGAACGUAGAUCUACCGCUUGUGGAUGUCCCAAGUCCAGUAGUCCAUUCUAAUCUUGCAACAGAAGGAUUAGUGACUGAUUGAUAACAAUUUCUAUGUCAAGACAUCAAUAAAGAAACUAGAAAAAAAAGUGUUAGUGUAUU